AUGAAUCCUUUACCGAGAGGAAGAUUAAAAAGGCUUUUAGCUAGAGAUGGAGAUAAUCAAAAGCAAACGCAGGAUAUCAAAAGAUCGAACAAAAGUGUCGAAACUGUCGUGCAGUGUUCCGAACCAUCGUCAGUUCCGGUGAAUGUGGACGGAUCGCAAUUGAAUGCAGCAAAAGAGUCUCACGAUUAUCCCGUACCGUGUGAUAAUGAAGAAGGAAGUGAUUCCGACGCCAGCAGUGUCGGCGAUCACCUCGUCAAUCCGGAUGAGCUAGAUCUAGAUGGCACCUUUUUCACGCAAUCUAGCGAAAAGGGAGUCCCGGCAUGCACAGCAGAAAGCGAUGAAGAAACUCCAAAAAACAUCGAAGCAACAUACGAAUCCUGCACCGAGAGUGAUACCAACAGCGAAGAUGAGGUGCCACAGGAGGAAUCGAACGAAAAAAUGUACCAAAUUUUCUCUCAAAUAGUGGAUUUCGACCGGCAGCUGAAUGCUGCCAAUCAUGCUCGAUGUCUUACCGGUCCUCGAUCGUCGGAUUCUUAUACGGAAUCAACGAGUAAUGUGGUGCCUUAUGAAGGACUCGACGUUGGCAUGAUGUUAACACAAAUCGAAGGUGCAGCAGCGAGGUUUUACACCUCGGAGGAGAUCGAUCGGAAUUGGGAAAAUGUAGAAUCGCACACCAACCUCAGUGCGGAUGAUGAUCGAAAAGAGAUUGAGAUUUUGGUGUCCACUACCCAGCACAAACCGGGCCGUAUAAUUGAUGUAGCACAGAGCCUCAGACGAUUAGAGCAAGAAAAGAGAAAGAAGGAAUACCUGGACCAACACAAGGUACACCUGAUUAUGCUUUUAAGCCAUGGAACGCAGGUAAACUGGGUAAUCAAUGAUUGUCUUUCCGAGUACGCCGAGGAGCUGUUGGAGUUGGCACAAAACUGCCCGUAUCCCCUUGUGGAUAAGAUUAAUCAAGAUUUUGUUCAAUCGAUAGUGGAUCAUUUCCAUGCCAAAGUACAGCUCUCAAGUACAAAACCCAAACGCAAAUGUAUCAAAGUUGGAAUAGGUAUAGGCAAGCAGCUUCGCUCCCGGGAAGCAUCUUCCAGAAAAAUGUUUAAUCUACUGCUACUUGCAUUGCUGCGUUUCUUAAGUGUUCGUACGAGGCUAGUCUUUUGUCUGGAUGUGAUACCAAAGAAUCCUCCAGCGCCGAAAGUGAACAAGAAGGUACUACCCAAACCCGGUACUUUAUCGGCCACUCACGGGCGAUAUGGGAAAGUGCCCUUAACCACGACAGAGAUUCUGAAACAGAAGCCAGAAAUUCGACAGAUAUUUCAGCUACCGCAACUGGAUGGAGCCGAUGAGGAGGACGAUGCGCAAGAAUGUGUUUCUCCGUCUAAAAGCGCUUGUUCUAACUGUCCAGAGCAUAAGCCACGUCUUUGGAAGCUAAAAGCGUCCUCGGAGGCCCCAAUCAAACCCAACUGUGCCUCCAAUGACCGUCACCCUAAUAAGAUUGUAACUUCCAAAUUUUUCAAGAAAAAAGUUCACAAAUCACAGCUUCUCAAACCAAAGGUGGACAGCACGAAUAGCAUCACCGCCGGGUCAUCCAAACUGGCAAGACUGUUGCAGCGAAAACCCCCAGCCGAGAGUAGCAAGUCAAAGAAAAUCGAAGCCAAUCCAAAGAUACCGGAACUGGAUACGUGGUUAGAGUGUUUCCUCGAACAAGAAGAACGCUGGACCGUUGUCGAAGCAACCCUAGGUGUGGAUUGCUUGGAGCAGGUGAUGGAUUGCAUCUUGAGCCCGCCGGCGUACGUGUUUGCCUGGGAAGCCGGUGGAGCGAUCGUCGACGUAGUGGAACGCUACUCGUGGCGCAACGAAAUGGCUUCUAGAAAGCAGAGGGUUGAUCGGAAAUGGUUACAAAAGUGUCUCAACCGGCACAGACUGCGGUCUCAGGAUGUGGCUUAUGCGGUAGAUCAACGAGAAUUCCGUCAACUGAAGUUUCGUGCUCCUAUGCCUACUACGAUUGCUCAGUUUAAGAACCAUCCGUCCUACUGUUUGAAGAGAGAUCUGCAAAAAUUUCAAGCAAUCUACCCGCCGGACGCUCCUCCUCUAGGGUUCAUCCACGGUGAAGCUAUUUAUGCUCGCGAGUGCGUGCAGACGUUGCAUUCGCGCGAAGUAUGGUUGCGGCACGCCAAAGUUAUCCGUCUGCAGGAGCAACCGUACAAGAUCGUUAAAUCGAAGCUACGCCGGGUGCAGAUUAUGCUCGAACUGUUCGGUUACUGGCAGACGGAGGACUACGUACCACCGGAACCGGUCAACGGCAUUGUGCCUCGGAAUGCUUACGGAAAUAUUGAAAUUUUCAAAGACUGUAUGCUACCGAAAGGAACGGUUCAUCUGAAGCACUAUGGAUUGUCGCACAUUUGCCGUAAGCUUGGUAUCGACUACGCCGUUGCUGUGGUCGGGUUUGGCAUUCACGCCGGAGGCAAUCAUCCAGUUUUCGAUGGUAUAGUGAUAUGUGAGGAACAUCGUGAUCGGUUGCUCGAAGCAUGGGAAGAGCACCAGCUCGACUCGGAGCACAGGAAGCGUGAGAAGAAACAACAGAAGGUGCUCGCCCACUGGGUCAAGCUAGUAAAAGGUGUGCUGGUGAGGAACAGGCUUAAACACAAGUACAACUUUGAAGGAAUGUAGGACG